UUUUUAUUCUUUGAGGAGCCUCUUAAAUGCAGCAUCCAGCUAAAGAUUUGGGAUAGCGUCUUGUAUGGGGGUGCUUUGCCAGCUCUCGGUUGUCGUACGACGCAAAAAGUUUUGUGAAGUUCAAUGAAAGUGAGAAUUUCCCACAUGGGGGCACUUCCUUUUAAUACUUUAAAACAUAUUCUGUGCAUGAAGUUUGCUUUUGCAUUUCAUUUACAUAUGUUUAUGAAACUACAGACCUAUGAGUUUUAUGAAUGAAAUGAACACUGAAAAGUUUGCACAUGUAACUUUCACUGACAAUCUCUUGUUUCUGUUUCAUUUCAGUUUUUCUGGCUCUCCCUCAAUGUAUGGCUCUUCGGGAAAACCUUCCUGCUUUAUAAUGAAGGGCUACAGUAUUACUAUUUGCAUCAGAUGUUAGGGGAUUGUGUGUGAGCAGAGCUUCUGCAUCUGUCCUCAAUCUCAACUGCUGCCUCGUCCUGCUGCCGAUGUGCCGCGUUCUCUUGGCCUUCCUGCGGGGAUCCCAGAAGGUUGCCAGCAAGAAAACCAGAAGGCUGCUAGAUAAAAGUAAAACCUUCCAUGUGACGUGUGGUGUUACAAUAUGCAUCUUUUCAGUCUUACAUGUUGCUGCUCAUCUGGUGAAUGCUCUUAACUUCUCUGAGAACUACAAUGAAGAGUUUGUGACCCUAAAUGCAGCAAACUAUCGUGGUGAGGACCCGAGGAAACUACUUUUUGCAACUGUUCCAGGUCUGACUGGAGUAAUUAUGGUAUUAGUAUUAUUCCUAAUGUGUACAGCUUCCACCUAUGCCAUCAGGGUUUCAAACUAUGACAUCUUCUGGUAUACACACAACCUUUUCUUUGUCUUCUAUAUGCUGCUGAUGCUGCAUGUUUCUGGAGGAGUGCUCAAGUACCAGACCAACUUAGAGGAACACCCUCCUGGUUGCUUUAAUCCUAACAAAACUCUCCGACAGAAUGUGACUGUGCCAAAGGCUUUUGAGGAGCUGUUUCCUGGCUAUACUGCUGAGCCUUUCCCAGAGGACCUAGCAGUACCAGAACCCUUUGUACAAAAUAGCUUUGUGAGAGUUUGUUCCGAGGAGCCCAAGUUCCAGUCUCACUUCCCAGAGACCUGGUUCUGGAUUUCCGGACCGCUGUGCCUGUACUGUGUGGAGCGGCUGUACCGCUACAUCCGCAGCAACAAACCCGUCACAAUAACCUCAGUGAUAAGCCACCCCUCCAACGUCCUUGAAGUCAGGAUGGUGAAAGAUGACUUUGAAGCAAGGCCUGGUCAGUAUGUUAUUCUCCACUGUCCAAGAGUGUCUGCCCUGGAAAGUCAUCCAUUCACUCUUACAAUGUGCCCUACAGAUACCAAAGCAACGUUUGGGGUCCACCUAAAAGUAGUAGGAGACUGGACAGAGAGAUUUCGGGAUUUACUGCUUCUGCAUUCAAAUCAAGAUACAGAGAUUCUGCCCAUCUUUCAGCAGAGACGCUAUCCCAAACUGUAUGUGGAUGGACCUUUUGGAAGUCCCUUUGAGGAAUCCCUGAACUACGAGGUCAGCCUCUGCGUGGCUGGAGGUAUUGGGGUUACACCAUUUGCAUCUGUGCUCAACACACUGCUUGAUGGCUGGAAAUGCUACAAGCUCAGAAGACUCUACUUCAUCUGGGUGUGCAGGGACAUUGAGUCUUUCCGCUGGUUUGCAGAUCUGCUCUGCAUGUUGCAUAACAAGCUUUGGCAGGAGAAUCGGCCAGACUAUAUAAAUAUCCAGCUGUACCUCAGUCAAGCAGAUGGAAUACAGAAAAUAAUUGGUGAAAAAUAUCAGGCUUUAAACUCGAGGCUUUUGAUUGGACGACCCCGGUGGAAGCUCCUGUUUGAUGACAUAGCAAAGUGCAAUAGGAGGAAGACCAUUGGAGUUUUCUGCUGUGGACCCAACAAAAUCUCUAAGAUACUUCAUAAACUGAGCAACAGCAGCAACUCUUAUGGGACAAGGUUUGAGUACAAUAAAGAAUCCUUCAGCUGAAAGUCUGUUGGAGCAAGACUUUCUAGAAGAUAAAAGUGCAAUUUUUUGUUUGUACAACAUAAAUGUUCAGCUGUGGUUUAAACAGACAGAAAUGUACCAAAGAAUAGCACAAAUGUUUUUAUUUAUGAUUAUUUAAGACUGAUGGAUGCAGCAGUAUACCAACAAAUAAUCAAUGCUUUUACUCAAAUGCGCUCACACAAUAUUUGUGGUGGGAGUGAUUCUUUGGAUUUGUUUCUGUUAAUUAAAAAGUACAGAAGCUGGGGAGAGACACAGUUGCUUUAAAAGCUGAUGGAAGAAGAACCUGUGGAAUGUUUGAACUUCUUCCACUUCAGUCCUCUGAAGCUGGAUCAGUAAAUGAAACCCCAGGUGAAUCCAAGUGGUGAGACAUAGUGUAUUACAGACACUCUUGCUUUUGUUGGUAUACAAAUGUUACAGCUUUGAGGUGAAAAUACUCGAUAUUAAAGAUUUUAUUAUACAUUGCAGAACUGGGAUUCUGUAUUUAAAAUAUAGAGUGUUACUCUUGCUAGUCUACUUCUGUAAUGAAGUUAACCUAAGGAAAAGUGAGCACAAUUGUGUAGCACCAGUGGGCAGCCUCUGCUGUGAUGUUAGUCACAGCCUUUUGGCAAGCACACAUCUGUACAUGGAGAACUCUGUAUCUUGCAUCAAUUCAGUAUUCAGGAGUUUGCAAAAUAAUUAUGAUUUAUGCAGCCAUAAAGAUAGAGCAAGAAAAGCAAUGAACAGGAGUACACAGGACCUGAAGUUUUAUUAUACCAAACACUCAACAUGGAAGUUGCACUCACUCUGCAUUCAUGUGCCCUGAAUGUCAAAUACUUCAAGCUUUCAGAUGGUCUGACUGAUUAUUUUGCAACACAGCAGGUUGAAAUCCAGUUUUAGAGGUCCCAGGGUAUGUUUGGUUGACUGUGAUCUUUGAUUAUCUUCCCUGGAGCCACCCUUGUUUGCCCUGGUGCCACUGAAAGGGGGACAAGACCAGAUUUACAGCAGAGUGAGAAUGAACCCCUCAGCUCUGUGGCUCCUUGGAUGAUGUCUGCCGAUAGACACCUUGCAGGAGCUGCAGUAUGCUUUGUUCCAUAGAGGAAGAUCUCAAAACAUCCCAGUUUUAAGCUCUGCUUCCCUUUUCUCCUCCCAUCAGCUGUUUUCUGCCUGUAAGUGCCAUGGGAGAGCUAAAGGUUGAAACUGGUACUUCAUAACUUAUUGGUUCUGAGGAGCACCUUUUUUUCUUCAUCCAAAUAGCCAAUUCAGCUUCCUUUAUUUCUUCUUUUCUCCCUUUUCCUUACUUUGCUGAGAUGAGGGCAUUUAAACAGGAGUCAGACACUUAGCUGGCAUAAACAGGCACCACUCUAGUGUCUCUUAAUAGAGCAGCAUCACUUAAACAUGAUGAAAACCUUCCCCUUGAUCUCCAGCAGCAGCUUGGGAGCAGUACAGUAGUGUUUGCAGCAUACACAGGCAGAGGCUGGCUUGAGAGCUCUUGUGCAUGUGGUUCACCUGUAUUUAGGGCAGUGCAUUUGAUUUCAUUUAUAUCUGUCCAAUGAACACCUUUUUUAUUUUAGUGGGAAAGGCAGUAAAUUGCUGCUUAGGACACAGACUCUGUACAGGAGUCUGCAAGUAUCCGUGUCAGUGUUCAGAGGAAGCUUUUUUCUUAUAUGUGGAGUAUAGGCAUCCUGUAUGUAUAACUAGUGAGAAUGACUUUGCUUUGCCUUGGCAGCUUCUGCUCAGGAGUUGCAGUCAGUGAGCAACAGGAUGGAGGUGCAUCAGUGAAGCCACAUGGGAAUGCGUUCCUCAGUGUCCAGACUUGACACUGAAGUCUUUACCUCUGGCUCUGCCCAAUUUGAAAUCCAGGGAGGAAGGAAUGAACCAGAGACAGACAAAUUCGUACUGACAAAAAUUCUCAAAGUAACCCAGAUGAGAGAAGCCAAAAUAGAAAUGCGGUAUGAGAUGGGAGCCUACAUUACAGCUACUGGUUUUAAUUUUUUUCUCUUUGAGGUUGAAAGGACCAUUAUUUUCCUACUGGAUGUCAUUCAUCCAUCACUGUAAAACUGGAGGUGUGCAGCAAAGGAUUAGAUUCUUUUUAAUCAGUGAGAUUUAUUUCUAAUACUGCCUGCAUAAAUUUUAUAAUAAACAUAAAACUGUUGUCAAAAUGCACAGGUAUUGGAUAUUGUAGGUCAUGCACACUUCUUUUGUUUUGUGGCUGUUAGUUUAAAGCAUGAUUGAAAUCAUGCCCGCAUCUGUUACCCACAACUAGAACGUGAUCUUUUCCUCUAGUUUCAGGAUCUAGUAUCUCAUGCUUUUAAAAUACAGUUUAGAGUCAUCUAAUCACUAUAUUGUUUGUGGUUUUACAUCUCUUCUGACAGAUAUCAGCUCCAUUACCAUAUAAUGAGAGGCUUGUUUUGCAGUUAGCUCCAUGCUAAAGCAGAUUGUAUUUUCUGGCUCAGCUUCUGUAUAGGUAACACUUCAUAAUUAAAAUAGCAAUGCUAGUACUGUGCUCUUAUUCUGAGUUGUUGCAGGAGUUGGUGCUGUUUGUAAGCAUGUUAAACACAUGUUGGUACAUUAAGCAGUGCUGUCACAGCAAGAUCUAAGCAGAUCCAGGCUGUCCUCUUUCUCUCUUUGUGCUGUAUCUGACUCAGCUGACCCACUUGUAAAACAAGCUCUGGACUGUCUGCCUUUCUGGACUGUUUUGAGGCUUAAUUAAUGCUUUGAGAUCACUUUGGUGCACAAGCAGUGGAAAGAUCUGUCUUAAUUGCUAUGCAAACGUGCUUGUGUUUUAUUUUGGAUAAACAUUUCUGUUGAUUUGAGUAGUCACUACACCAGGUGAGGAAGAGUUUGGGGACAGUCUAAAAGCUUCAGUUGCUUUUUUCCUUUUCCUUGAGGUAUGCUUCUGUUAAGAGAGGCAAAAGGUUUAAGGAUUGUUGAGUGACUGUGACUUGGCUUCAGGAGUGGCAGAUAUGACAAACACAAUCUUUCUACAGGCUAUGUUGUCAUUGCUCUUUCUGAGUGUGUCUGCAGCUUGCAAAACAGAGUCAAGCCCUCUUUUAAACUCCUUUGCUUUUAUAUCUGAAAGCCAAGUGUAUGAAAAAAUACAACUCCGUGCCAGAAAAGUAAGUGAAGGCUGACAGGACUCAAUUCCACAUUUGCAGAUCAACUGGAUUUACGUAAUUGAGCAUCACUUUGCACUUUAAACUAUGUCCUGUGAGUCAGUCAUAAGUCUCCUGCUGGCAGGAGAAGGAUCCAGUCCUGUAUUCUCCCAGUUUUCACUCAGUCUUUCACAAAGCUGCAGACUUCUCAGUGUUUGUUCAGCGGGAUCUUUUUGUUUUAUUCAUCAGAAUUAUUUCAGAAUUCUUUUUUUAUACCAGGAAUGUUUUCAUACCAUGUUGAAAAACAAGCCCUUUCCCUGCAACAAGAAUCCAGCCCUUGUGCAGCAGUGUGGGACUCAGGGCUUUACAGCAGGAUUAAUCAAAUGUACCUAAGACCUAUUCCCAUAUCACUGAGGUUACUUUUGUGAGUAAAUGUCCACUGCCACAACCAAGAACAGCAGAGACGAGCCCUGAUGUUGCGUGGGAAGGUAUGGUGGGGGCUGACCUUCACCACUGAAGUCUGCAGAGCAGUCUGUCCCUCCACAGUGAUUAUUCCAGCCCUGUGUUUGGAGCAACACUUCCCUGUUUCAGUAUGUGGUACCACUCCUAGCAUGUGAGUUCUUCCAUGUCUUUUUCUCCUGUUUUAGCACAUAGGUAGCAAAGAGAUUGGAAGCUGCCUGAGAGAGGGCAGAUAAUGCAUUAAAUAGCAGGCCAGUCAUGUUGGGAACAGUAAUUCACCUGUAACAGCCUAACAGAGCAGAGAAGUAAUGGUUGAGUAGGACUUGGAGAACAGCAGCCUAAGAGGAAAACCUCUAGUCAACUUUUAAUGCACCAGGUUAAAGUUUCAAACCACAAGACAUGGCUUAGGGGAAGCAGACGUGAGGCUAAAGAGUCAUUGCCUAUAGCAGUUCAAAGACCAUACGUCAGAGAAGAGGCAUAGUUAUUAAAAUGCAAUGUUUACUCUUUUGAAAAAUAAAAGGGCUUCUAGGGAGAUUAAUUUUCACUUUAGCCUGGCAAUCAUUUCAUAAACUCACCAGUUUGAAAUAAGGCAAGGUGGAUCUGUUCUUCUCUGGGUUAUGCGUCCUAUUUUUCUGCUGAUUUUCCAUUCAUCACAAUUUCAACCAGUUUUUAUUGUUUUAGCCUAGGGGAUUUAACAAGAAGGUUUAAUCAAAAUGCCACUGAUGCAUGUGCUGAGCAGAGGUUUUCUGCUAUGAAUGUACAUUUUUCAUGGAUAUAUAUAUGUGUGUGUGUAUAUAUAUAUAUAUA